GUAGGUGCGGUAGUGCGGCGUACGAUGCGUGCAGAAAGACAACACUUACAGCACAGGACGCACAGGAGAUAACCGACAUACACACAAAAUGCUGCGUCCACGAGCUGUAACAAGCCGCUGGAUGUGAAGAAAAUAAAGGACCGGCUGACGAUAACGCCUACAGAUUGAGUGCGCUCUAGCAGGCUGCGUUUCUGCCGCAGAAAUCAUUCCACUAAAGCUCUUGUCGAUGCGCUUUAGCUCUGCAUGAGUCCCUUCGUUUGGUUUGCAGGUUCAGGACAAAACCGGGCGGUGCUGACUGUGUGUGGUAUAUACAGUUUGUGAGUGCACCUUAUCCGCGUCUCCGCACAGCCCUUGGCACCUCCUUCAGGAUGGCGUUAACGAUCUGCACGAGAUUCACUGACGAAUAUCAGCUGUUCGAGGAGCUGGGGAAGGGCGCCUUCUCUGUGGUCAGGAGGUGCGUGAAGAUCUCAUCUGGUCAGGAGUAUGCUGCCAAAAUCAUCAACACUAAGAAGCUAUCUGCCAGAGAUCAUCAGAAGCUGGAGAGAGAGGCGAGGAUUUGUCGUUUACUGAAGCACCCCAACAUCGUAAGACUCCAUGACAGCAUAUCAGAAGAGGGUUUCCACUAUCUGGUGUUUGAUCUGGUGACAGGAGGAGAGUUGUUUGAAGAUAUAGUAGCCCGGGAGUACUACAGUGAGGCUGAUGCCAGCCACUGCAUACAGCAGAUCCUGGAGAGUGUCCAUCACUGCCACGUUAAUGGAAUCGUUCACAGGGACCUGAAGCCUGAGAACCUUCUAUUGGCCAGUAAGCUGAAGGGGGCGGCGGUCAAGUUGGCUGACUUUGGGCUGGCUAUCGAGGUACAGGGGGACCAGCAGGCAUGGUUUGGUUUUGCAGGCACCCCAGGCUACUUAUCUCCAGAAGUUCUGAGGAAGGACCCAUACGGGAAACCAGUGGACAUGUGGGCCUGUGGUGUUAUUUUGUACAUCCUGCUGGUUGGCUACCCUCCCUUCUGGGAUGAGGACCAACAUCGCCUCUAUCAACAAAUCAAGGCUGGGGCCUAUGAUUUCCCAUCACCGGAGUGGGACACUGUAACUCCCGAGGCCAAAGACCUAAUUAACAAGAUGCUAACCAUCAACCCCAGUAAACGCAUCACUGCUGCAGAGGCCCUAAAACACCCCUGGAUCUGCCAACGGUCCACUGUCGCUUCCAUGAUGCACAGGCAGGAGACUGUGGAAUGCCUGAAGAAAUUCAAUGCCAGGAGGAAACUCAAGGGAGCAAUAUUGACCACUUUGCUAGUCACAAGAAACUUCUCAGCAGCCAAGACUUUGCUCAACAAGAAGCCAGAUGGCGUUAAGGUCAACAACAAAGCCAACACAGUGACCAGUCCUAAAGACACUGGCCCUGCCCCUGCACUGGAACCACAGACAACUGUGAUACACAACCCUGUGGAUGGAAACAAGGAGUCAAUUGAGAGUGCCAACACCACCAUUGAGGAUGAAGAUGUGAAAGCCUGCACCAAUAACAAUAAAGCUCGAAAACAAGAAAUCAUCAAAGUUACUGAGCAGUUAAUUGAAUCUAUCAACAAUGGAGACUUUGAGGCCUACGCGAAAAUUUGUGAUCCUGGUUUGACUUCCUUUGAGCCCGAGGCCCUGGGCAACCUUGUUGAAGGACAUGACUUUCAUCGCUUUUAUUUUGAGAAUGCAUUGUCCAAAGGGAAUAAGCCAGUUCACACCAUCCUAUUGAACCCACAUGUGCACCUUAUUGGGGAAAAUGCAGCAUGUAUUGCCUAUAUUCGGCUGACCCAAUACAUGGAUAGCAGUGGCAUGCCUCGCACCAUGCAGUCUGAGGAGACCCGAGUGUGGCACCGCCGUGAUGGAAAGUGGCAGAACAUUCACUUUCAUCGCUCUGGCUCGCCUAGCAUCCCCCAUUAAUGGAACAUCAACAUGUGGUCACAUAAAAAAAAGAAAAAGAAAAAAGAACCCCCAUCAGCAAAUCUAGUGGAGCAACUAGCCAGUUCAUGACUGCUCUUUGACCCCUCUAUAAGGAUAUGACAUCGCACAGGAAACAAGUAUUACUACAUUUUACUGUUAUGGCAUUUUAUUAAUGGACGUCAUUCGAAACCACCACCGGGUGGCUGCACACCGUAUUUGGACAUUAUGAAACAAGCAGAUUGAGAAAAAAUGUUUUUUGUUUGUUUUUUAAGAUGUUUUGGUAUGCAUUUUAAAUAUAAAAUAGAGAUGUUUAAAGAUCUACAACUGUAACCUCUCCCAAAAAAAUAGUUAUGUAUUUUUACGUGUAUUUAUGUGUGUGCAAUUCAAAAACAUUUGGAAGAUCAGAAUGUUAAAAAUUGAGCUUGCUUUAGUUCUGGUGAUGUAUAUACAUUGUGAUUGUUGGUUUAAAAAAACAAAACACAACAAAAACAAUUAUUGAAAUUGCUAUUCUUGCUAUCAGAGGACAUAAGAGUUUACGUAAAAUCCAGUUUAUGAGCUACAUUUAUGUUUGCUAUGAGCUAAGUCAUACUGUUUAAAUUGUCAGAUUUCAAUCUAUAGUACUAAUUUAAAUGUAAAGAAAAGCAGAGCAGCUUACACUUGCGUUGAGAUAUGUUUGCCUUUAUAUAAGUGAAAUAAGAAAUAAGAGAAUGUAGCAUAUAUGUAAUAUAUGAAAAUCCAAGACUAUUGUGUAGUGCAUGGUGGGGGGAGGGGGGUGUUAUCGUGCGUAAGAUCAUAUGAAACUAUUAUAUCUUCUGUUUGAUUUGUCACUGACUUGUUUGUUUGUAUUUGUUAAUGUUGUGCAUCAGUCCUGUCCAAAUGUUUCUAAUGUCCUCCAGCAUCAUGGAACUGUUGUAAAAACAAUAACGUUGUUAUUGUUACCAUCCAAAUAUCAGAAUCUCAUAUCUAAGAGGAGGAAAAUAAACUCCUGGUUGCCGAAGCACCACUUACAUUUUGUACAAAAAAUAAGACGAAAACAAGCUCAUUUUUCAUAAUGUUUGUACUUGUAUUGUAUAACUGUAUGUAGGGUUUCUUUUGUCAUUUUAUUCUUGUCAUACCAGUGUGUUAUUUUGCCAAUUGCAUAGAGGUGGUGCAGAUGAUGAAGAUGGCACAAAAGCACUAGAAGGUUUGCCUUCUGUCAGGUCAAGUGAUACAAACUGGUGGUUGGACUAAUAGGUCUGGAAGCACUGUAAUGAAAAAGUUGCACCGAGGCAAGAGGAUGGUAUCAGAAAAUUGAAGGAGAGAAAGUGCAAUGGACUGUAAUAAAUGUUGGGAUGUCUUCCUUGGCGAUCAGUGCUUCUGCUAGCCAGUGGUCUUACCACUGCAGGACAAUGGCAGUGUCUUUGUCAUCCCUCCUGUUUGCUCUUUUCGACUGAUUUGUCUCUUCUUUUUUAAAAGGGGAAAAUAUCAUAAACAUUUCUUUCGACAAAACGUAUGAUGUCAAUGCAAUGCACCACUCCUUAUCUGGUGUGUAACUGUUGCCAGCAUGGCAAUGGAUGGCUUAACAUGUUUAAGAAAUAAAUAAAUCAGCUAAAAUGUGUGAUAAUUGAUGUGUUUUAAUUUUAUUUUGUGUUACUUUGGUAUUGAUUUUUCAUGCGUUUGUGUCCUGUGGUUUGGUCACUGUGUGAUUAGAUGGUUGUGUUUCAGAAAUGCUAAGCCCAGACCAGGCUAUAUUUUUGUGCCUCAUUAUUUGGAUAUUUAAAGACUUAUAUUACAUUUUCAUGUUUAAACAUACUCUGAAAUACAAUAUGUACAACCUGGGCUCUGGGGAGGCCAAUCCAUGACUGAUAGUGUGCCUACGUAUCUGUUUUCUACGCAGGCAUGCUUUUACUGCAUUAGCAGUGUGUUUGGGAUGAUUUUCCUGCUGAAAAUGAUGCUGUUAUUAAUCAGAUGCUUUCCAGAUGGUAUUGCAUGGUGGACCAAAAUCUUAUUGUUCACAAUUCCAUCAAUUUUGACAAGAUCACCAACACCACUGACUAAAAUACAGCCCCAAACCCUGA